UCGUGUGGGAGCAGGGAGGCAGACAACGAAUGCGACUGCGAAUGCUCACGAAAGCUCGCGACGUCAACGUAUAACAAAAACUUUGUUUAAAAUUCGCCCAGUGUUGUUAUUUUCUUUUUCUCGAAGGCGAUAGUGCACGUUAGAAAGUUCGGUCUUGUUAACAGUGGAAUCGGUGGCGGUGAGUGUCCACGGCGUGUUCGAAAACGUGAUAGGUGUGACUGCGCAGUCGCCAUGUGCUGCAAGUUGAAAAGAUUAAAAGUGCUUAUUUAAUGAAAAAUAUCUAUAUACAAUGGCAAGGAAAAAAGACAUUUACUUGUUGAAAAUUUAAUAACAGAGAACAAUACUUCUUUUGAGAGGAAGUUUAAUCUCAAAUAAUAAAAAGGUAUUGGAAAACAUGACAGAUGUUAAACCAAUUGGAAUCUCUCAAAAUCAGCAACAACAAACACAACAGCAACAACAGCCUCAACAACAACAACAACAACAACAGCAACCUCAACAACAGCAACAACAACAGCCUCAGCAACAAAUGAUGAUUGCAGCCCAUGAUAUUCAACAACAACAAAAUGUACAACAACAACAACAGCAUGUUCAGCAACAAUCUGCUCAACAACAACAAGUACAACAACCGCAGCAACAAGUACAGUCCCAACAGGUUCAGCCACAACAACAAAUUCAGCAGCAAGUGCAAUCGCAACAGCAAAUGCAAGUUCAGCAACAGGUUCAACAACAAGUUCAACAGCAAGUUCAGCAACAAGUGCAACAACAAGUUCAACAGCAGCAGCAGCAGCAACAACAGUCUCAGCAACAGCAGUCUAAUAGUGGACACAAUGUUGUUCCCACGCAAGUUCAAGUGCAGCCACAGGUAGCAGCAAUCAUGCCUCAGCAACAGGGUGCUGUUGCAGUAUCAAUGCAACAUCAACAGCAAGGUGUUGGUGGAGUGUCUAUGACCUUAUCUGGUCAACCAGGAGCAACAACUAUAACUACUAUGGCUGCUCAUCCGCAAGCAGUACAAGUUAUUCAGCAGCCUAUGCAAAACCAAGCAUAUCACUUACAGCAGCUUUAUAAUACUCAAGGAACUCCGCUAUUGAUGCCAAGCAACCUGGCUCUUCAUCCUGCAGGGAUUAAUCCUUCAUCUAUACAGGUCAUAACAGCUGGAAAACCAUUUCAAUCGGCUGCUCAACUCACGCCUCACAUGUUGACUACUGCAUCGACCCCGGGUCAGGGUGGAGGUCAUCCUGCAGCUGGGGGUACUAAAGUACAAGGAUUUCCUACUGGUUAUUUACCUGUGCCUACUUCUGCUACACCUGGAGCAGGACAAACUUUAGUAUUUGGACAAUUAGGUGUAUUAGGUUCUCCACAACCACCUCCAUCCAUACAACAGCAGCAGCAACAACAGUCUGCAGCUAAACAAGAUCAAGUACAAAAGUAUACCACGUGUCCAGCAGCUACGCCACCCGGCGGAAGAGGAGGCAUGCAAUUUGCACCAUGGCAAUUAACGCCACAAGUUGCAUGGACAGGAAUUCAACCCCCAGCAUUUCUUACCAAUCAAAUAUUCAUAAGAGGUCCUAAUCAGCCCGAUAUGUUCAUACAGAGUCCACAACCGAUUCAAGCUCACAAUGCACUAGCCACGCAACAACAAAUCCAGGGAGUACAACAGAUUGCUGCUGCAAGUGCAAAACCAAAGGUAAUGGAUAUACAACAACAGCAACAACAACAGGGUAAGCAGAGCACAGGUGGACAACGACCAUUGAGCAUACUGCCGUCCUCCCUACAAGCAGUACAAGCUGCCAAUAUACGAGCUGCCAGUUCCGUUUCUACGCAAACCGUUCACGGAGUACAAGCCACGGUAUAUGCACAGAGCGGCAAAGGAAGCGGGAGUAGCGGUAAAGGCCGUGGUAAACCACUGCAAUCGCCGCAACAGUCACAGCAACAGUCACAGCAAACAAUGCAACAACAACACCAACAGGUUUUUAUUCAACAGAAACAGCACACACAGCAGCAACAACAAAUGCAGCAACAGUAUCAACAGCAACAAGUGCAACCCUCGCAACAACAAAUACAGCCUAAACCCAUAAUGACAAACAUGGCCAUACAGCAACAACAACAAUCUGGUGUAGUCCUUGGUGGAGAACGCCCGAUCAUGCCUGUGGUUUCGGUAGGCGGUGUAGGGGUCGGUGUUGGAGUUGCUACCACGUCUCAAAUGAACCAAGUACAACAAUCACCAAUGUCCACGGUGCAACAGUUACCACUACAGAAUACGUUUCAGGCAAUCAAUUCGACAAUAAUUGGUAGUCAAAUCGUUAGUGGGACGUCCCAGGUUCAAACAAUGUCUAUGGUAAAUCAGUCGACGGAUCAGCAAACCCACGAUAAUACUAAUUCCACCAUAAUGAUCACAUCGCCCGAUCGUAAUCAUCAAGCAGAGUGUUCUUUAGUGUUACCAGGCACUACGAAUGUUCCGAUUACAAACGACGAAAAUUCUAAACAAAUUUUGAAGAAGGAAGAAACUAUGCCACUUACGAUAGAAGAGAUUACAGUACCACAACCAGAAGCGACAGAUGGGGACCAAUGUAAAGUAGUCGUAAAGGAUGAGGAAUGUUCACCUGUGAAGCCAGAUGAUAAACCGUGCAACAAUCCUUUGGCAGGACUGGCGAAUACAAUUAAUUCUAUAACGAACGGUGUCAGCAGCGAAGAGACUGCGGUAUUACCUGUGUCGGUACCAGUUACUGCAAACAGUAAACAUGUGCCUCCGAAAGCAAUGGUUAAACCACAAGUUCUUACACAUGUAAUAGAAGGUUUUGUUAUACAAGAAGCAUCUGAACCAUUUGCUGUUAAUCGAACGUCAUUAAAUAAUACAGUUAGUCAAGAGAAUAGUAAUAUUUUAAGUCGUAAUAAUAGCGUGUCCGAAAAAGAAAAUCACGAAGAGCCACCAAGGAAAAAGCAUGCUCCCAAUUAUCCCAGUGACGAGGAUGGGAGCAAUAUACAAAUCGGAAAGUGUGAAACAUGUGGUAAUUUAGUGGACGAGCAGAAUAUUAAGUUCAAAAAGGAGAAGCGAUUUUGUUCCACUGGAUGCGCAAAGAGUUAUGAAUCGAACAGCAAAAAACGCGAAGCUAGAGACCGCGACGGACCUGAAAAACAGUGGACUGAGAUGGAGACUGAAUCGAAAAACAUUGAUGGAGACAUCAUCAAGAAGAAUGGAGAAGAGAAGUCAUUGUCUACCACAACUACUACGUCUUCUGUCGACGAAAUACUGCCAAAAGUUAAUCCUGUCAAGUGGACGGUUGGAGAAGUAUGCGAUUUCAUACGCGGUUUACCGGGCUGUGCCGACUACGCGGAAGAUUUUGCUAUUCAAGAAAUCGAUGGUCAAGCACUUAUGUUACUCAAGGAAGAUCACCUGAUGUCAGCUAUGAGUAUUAAAUUGGGGCCGGCGUUAAAAAUUGUUGCGAGAAUCGACUCCAUGCGCGUAGAAUCAUUAUCGAAUUCUAAUCCCACUUCUAAUAACUCGUAAAUAUUUACUGCUUGAGAUUUUUAUCUUCAAAAUUUCAAGUUGCAGCCUAUGGGCUACAGGGUUUGUGCAAGUAUUCGAUCGGAUUAUAGAUUUAAGAUUUCUAAGAAAAACAUAAGAUGUUUUUAUUCUCUUUUAUUUUAUUCAGUUCUGACAGAAAUCCUUUCCUUUUUUCAUAAUUUAGUAGUAGUAUUGAUUACUAUGAGUUUCAGUUCUUCAGAUUAUACCAAUACGGUAUAAAGAUUGAUCUCUGUAAGACGAUAUUUCGAGCCCCGUACUAUUUCUUAGCAUGCUCAACAGCUUCAUCGGCAUUUAAAUAAAAGUACAGAAUUUAUUUAAUUUUUUAUUUUUAUGUAUUUAAUUUUAAUGUAUCAUAUUGGUAAAAGACAGAUAUACAAUUAUUUGCCUAUCGAUAAGUCUUACGUUGAUUGAUUUUUAUAUGUGUAAAUAAAAUCUAUUCUUCAUUUUCUAAAUUUAAAAUGUAUCUAUAUUGCAUCUAAGAAAUUUUGUAGACUACCAUUUUAUGAAGUAUGGUUGGCUAGAACUAUCAAGAAACUGAGUACAAAUUAUGUCCAUUACAAGAGAAAGAAAAAGAACGUUGUAUAUAUACUAUCCGGCAUAUAAGCGAUGUAUUUUGUACUCGAAAAUUACUUUUGGAAGGUGUACAAAAAUGAUUGCCUUCUGUAAGAUUUACAAUAAUUCUGAAAGAAGAUCAGGCAUCUCAAAAAAAAGUUAGGCUUUAUGAUGAAUAGUAAUUUAUGUGCUUGACAAUUUCAAAUGGAAAUAUAGGACGUUUGAAGCAACGUAAUUAACAUUAUCGACCAUGUACUUUGUAAAUGUAUCAUGUGCACUCACCUUGCAUACGUGUAAAUAUUAAACAUAAAAUGUUUAUUUAAUAUACAAAUUUUAUAACAUGAAA